CCCCGCCGCGGACUGCUUCCGGCUGCCCUCCCCGGGUCGGAGUCCAGCGGCUGCAGGGCGGAUGAGACCAGUGCGACUCAUGAAGGUGUUCGUUACCCGUAGGAUCCCCCCCGAGGGCAGGGCCGCGCUUGCCCGGGCCACAGACUGUGAGGUGGAAGACUGGGAUUCAGAUGAACCCAUCCCUGACAAGGAGCUGGAGCGAGGUGUGGCUGGGGCCCACGGCCUGCUUUGCCUCCUGUCUGACCGCAUAGACAAGAGGCUCCUGGACGCUGCAGGAACCAAUCUCAAAGUAAUCAGCACACUGUCCGUGGGUGUUGACCACUUGGCUUUGGAUGAAAUCAAGAAACGUGGGAUCCGUGUGGGCUACACCCCAGAUGUCCUGACAGAUGCCACAGCAGAACUCGCUGUCUCCCUGCUGCUCACCACCUCUCGCCGGUUGCCAGAGGCCAUCGCAGAAGUGAAGAAUGGCGGCUGGACCUCAUGGAAGCCCCUGUGGAUGUGUGGCUAUGGACUCACACAGAGCACCGUUGGCAUCAUUGGCCUGGGGCGUAUAGGCCAAGCCAUUGCUCGGCGCCUGAAACCAUUCGGAGUACAUAGAUUUCUGUAUACAGGGCGCCAACCCAGGCCUCAGGAAGCAGCAGAAUUCCAGGCAGCAUUUGUGUCUGCCCCCCAGCUGGCCGCUGAGUCUGAUUUCAUCAUUGUGGCCUGCUCCUUAACACCUGCAACCAAGGGGCUCUGCAACAAGGGCUUCUUCCAGCAGAUGAAGAAAACAGCUGUGUUUGUCAACAUCAGCAGGAAGACACCCAAAAUCCAGGUGUCCUGGUUCAUCCAACAGUCCUCAGGGAGCCUUCAGGGGAGACGUGGUAGACCAGGAGGACCUGUACCAGGCCUUGGCCAGUGGUCAGAUUGCUGCUGCCGGACUGGAUGUGACAACCCCAGAACCACUGCCUGCAAGCCACCCUCUCCUGACCCUGAAGAACUGUGUGAUCUUGCCCCACAUUGGCAGUGCCACCCAUGGAACCCGAAACACCAUGUCCCUGUUAGCAGCUAACAACUUGCUGGCGGGCCUGAGAGGAGAGCUGAUGCCCAGUGAAUUCAAGCUGUAGCCAGACAGCAGAUGUGGAGGGCCAGGCAGCAACCAGCACCCCUGGACUCUGUGGGAUGCACCCCGGAUUGACAGAAGCCGGGCAGGAAGGCCGAUCUAUGCUGAUAUUAUGGAAGAAGGCUGGUGCUGAUAGAUAGGCUUGCCACUCUGUGGUUGGAAACAUCUGAGCCAAAAACAUGUAAUUCCAUUAAAUAAUUCUCUCGCA